AUGUCGCAUUCUAAGAAGAUAAAUCUUUCCCUUUUAAAUGGUCAUCUAAUCUGCGGAUUGUGUGGUGGUUAUUUGAUCGAUGCAACAGUACUUACAAACUGCAUCCACGCCUUCUGUCGCAGUUGCAUCUUAAAGUAUAUUGCAGAGCUGAACAAUGUGUGCCCACUUUGUCAAACUCUAAUACAGGAGGGGCGUUCAUCCUCUGGCUGUGAUGCUUUGCGUCCUGAUAUCACACUGCAGCGCGUGGUUUACAAACUUGUUCCUGGCCUCCUCAGAGUUGAAAUCGAUCGAAUUGCCGAAUUCCAUAAAAGAUACCUUAAGAACCCCUCCAAAGUUAUCCGUGAAGUGCGUCAUUCUUGCAAAGAAUCGCAAGUGCUGGAAGACACGGGCUCAACUGAUAGUACUGUCUCUGGUCUCUCUUCAACGCCUACUCCUCUAGCUACACGCUCUCUAUCUCGCUGCGUGAAUUGCCCGAAUCAGUUAUUGAAACGUCGUUCAGUUAGGUCAUUCCCGCCAGCCACAUCCAUUUCCUGUCUCAUAGAUGUAACUGAAAGUGUUAGUCUCUCCUUAGAUCCCCUUUAUCACUCGUCCUCCUCUGAUUCCUCAUCCUCGCCCAGUCAAAGCUGCUCUACCAUGUAUCUCCUCUGCCCAGCUUCCUGUACUGUGGCUCAUUUGCAGCGUUUUCUAUUGGCCAAACACUACAAUAUUUCUUCACCGAGCUUCUGGACUGUAGACAUCUUUCUCCACUGUGAAUACUUGGAACCAGCACAUAGCCUACGGGAGCUUGCAUUUCUGUACGCGUGGCCAACUCAACGUCGUGUCCUGCCGCUGCUUUACCGCUUCUCUGACAGCCGUGCCAUUUGUUGGGGUUCGCCCUUGCCUAAUUUGGAUGCCCCAUCAGCAUCUGCUUCGUCACCAUCUAGCAAAAAGCGAAGGCGGCUGGCGGCGUGA